AUGGCUUCUUCUUCUACUUCAACCACCAAACAUCACGUCUUCCUUAGUUUUAGGGGAGAAGACACUCGUGCUGGUUUCACUAGCCACCUCCAUGCUGCCCUGGAAAGGAAAAAUAUCCUAACUUUCAUAGAUGACGACAUGAAGCGAGGAGAAGAAAUUUCCGACUCACUUGUAAAAGCAAUUGAAGACUCCAAGCUUUCUGUGAUUAUUUUUUCCCAAUUAUAUGUAUCUUCCAAAUGGUGCUUAGAUGAGUUUGUGAAGAUUCUUGAAUGCAGAAAAAUUAGAGGGCAGAUGGCAAUUCCGAUAUUCUAUCAGGUUGAUCCAUCUGAUGUAAGAAAGCAAAGUGGAUGUUUUGGAGAUGCAUUUGCAGAACUUGUGAAGAGGAAAGCUUUGGAGAUGGAGGAAGAGCAGUGCUUCAGAGCUGCUUUGAAUGAAGCUGCCAAUAUAUCUGGGCAUGACUCACGGAAGAUUGAUAUUGUUAAUGAAGAAUCUGAGAAUCCUAGAAAACGUAGCAGACUGGUUGAUCCUGAGGAUAUCUAUCAUCUAUUAAAAAAAAGAAAGGGAACGAAAGCAGUUAAAGGCAUAUGCCUUGACAUGCAUGAAUCAAGGGAAAUUCAAUUGAAAUCUGAUGCCUUUGCAGGGAUGCGCUGUCUUGAAUUUCUUAUAAUCAAGGGCAGCACAAGUAGAGUGCAGCUUCCUCAUUGUGGCCUUGAAUAUCUUUCCAAGUUUGACUUUUCUCAAAUAAGGUUGAAAAACUUUGGAGUGGACAACAGCUGCAACAAGCUCUCUAGACUUCCAAGCAGCAUCUGUAAAUUGAAAUCUCUUGAACAUCUGGAAAUAUCAGGUUGCUCAAAUCUGGAAAGCUUCCCAGAAAUUAUGGAGCCUAUGGAAUCUUUGAAAGAAUUUCGUUUGAGUGACACUGCAAUUACAGAGCUACCCUCAUCAAUUAGGCACAUGAAAUCUUUGCUUUUUCUGUAUCUUGAUGCCACAUUCAUUAAAGAGCUACCAGAGCUUCCACCAUCCUUGGAACAUCUAAUAGCUAAUGACUGUGAAUCACUAGAAAUCAUAUCAAGCGGCACUAUAGGCAAUUCAGUGCGUCAAUUAUGUUUUGCAAAUUGCUUCAAAUUUGAUCAGAAAGCAUUGAUAGCAGACAUGCAACUGAAACUUCAGAUGAAAAAUUCAUUAAUCAAACCAAAGGAAUACAAAAAUCUGUCAAAGUAG